AUGUCUGAAAACAGAAAGGGAACCUGUCUCAAACAAUGUCAGAAGUGCGAUGUUGACAUGAAUGGAGACAUGUUAGAUACACAAGGUGUUUGUCUUCACUGCAAAACUGAGACAAAAGAAGAGCAUCAAAAUAAUCAGAAAAGCAAAAGGGAUCCUGUCACAUACAAUGUUGGUGAGAUGAUGGAGACUGAGCCUGCAUAUGCUGACUUCAUCAGCUCUGAUCGGACUGGUCGGAGAAAUGCAAUUCAUGGCCUUCCAGGAGAUGCAGCUGCCAUUAAGUUGGAGAAACCAGCAAACACCAUGGAUAUUUCUGUUGCAGAUGAAGAAAAUCAAGGAAAGGAAGCUGCUUCUGAAAAGAACCCUGAAAGGAAGAAUGAUAGCUCAACCUUCUGAUUUAGGAUGCAGAAAGUGGAAGACUACAUAGCAACACUUGAUAGUACUACUCUAUAUCCUAAUAAAUCAGACUGCAACAGGAAGAUCUUUACUUUGAGAUCUCUUCAGAGGCCAUUUGAAUGUCAUAGUCACUUUGUAUGGCAAGCAAUUGGUACCUCCAAAGUUAUUUCUUUCUAUAAUGCUACAAAAUAAGAUAUGUUCUGGUAAUCUGAGCCAGUUAGAGAGCCUUAAGCAGCUAUUUUCUGUACAGAUAAACAAUUCUAAAAUAUGUAUUUCAUAUUUUAUUGUAAAAGGUGCAUUUUGUUCACUUAGUAAAUUUAAACUAUUUAUUUCUAUCUCCUGUAAAUUAUUAGAUGGUUUAUUGUGUUCUUCAUGAUAUAUACAUAAAAUUCCAGACCCAGUCGAUCUUUUAAGCUGUGAAUAUGGGAAUUAUAGGAUAUCAUAUACCAGACAUUUCAACAGUAUGAACCUCAUUAAAUAAUUGAGCUCGAUACUGGCAACAGUUCACCAUAUUCUGUUUUAAACAAAUACUAUAGAAAUGUUACCAUUCCUGCUAUAAGUGUCACCAAGUAUUGGUGAUUCAGUAUUUCUGAACAGGUACACUUUAUUUGGCUUGCUUAGCUUU